AAAACAAUGCAGAACCUACAUAUUUUUAUCAUGCUCAUGUGUUAUAUGACAAACAUUGUGCACGGAAACUCGAAGCAUAUGAUUUGUAAAACAGUCAAAGACGUUUUUACAGGAAAAGCAGAUCAUGACAUACCAACAACCUCACAGCGACACCAUGGACUGCCCGGUAAACGGGGACCACAAGGUUUUAAAGGGGAACGCGGAAUAUCUGGUAGUAAGGGUGAAAAAGGUGAUCCAGGGGUUUUCAACUACAACAGGGUAAAUGAAAAAAUUGAGGAAACAAUCGAACAAGCUAAUGGAAAUUUAACCAGACGAGUAGAACAGCUAGAAGAAUUAGUUCUUGAACUAAAUAAGAAUUAUUUGAAAGAUUCCAAGCGCGGUGACGUGGAACCAAUUUGUAAUGGUAUUGCUUACAGGAAAACUUGCUAUUGGACUGUAUUACGUUCUUCUAGAAAUGUAAACUGGGACGGAGCAUCUGCAAUAUGCGCACAAAGGCAAGGAAAGCUGGCGUUCAUCCAGGACUUCCAACAUUUCGAACAAAUCAAGAAAUACAUUCGAUCACUGAUUCCUUCUUCGGAAAGCUGGGUACACGUCUGGCUUGGAAUGACCAUAAACCCCACAACUCAAACGGUGACGCUUGCAGACGGAUCUGUUGCUCCGUUCAUACAAUGGCUUUCUGGUUAUCCAUCGCAGAUUAGUACAUAUACUAAAAUUCAGCUCCAAUUUUACAAACAAUCUUCCCAUGUACACGAAGCAAUGUUCAAUCGCACCCCUACAUCGGAAGUGAGCGGUGUUCUGUGUCAAAAAUAAUAAAGUGACUGUUUCUCGUAACAUGUAGAUUGUAGACUGUAUUGUACAGUGUAUACGUUGACGACUCGAUUGACAAACUAUUUUUCAUAGAUCCACCAAGUAUAUUCUAAAAAAUUAUCUUUUGUGUUUAUACUUCUUGGAUUAUUCUGCACACGCGUUCUAGUUAAUUAAAACUCCUACAACUUAUUUAGUAUAUAUUGUUUUGAUGCUAUCGUUUCGAAAUUUGUAUAAUAUU